GGAUGUAGCUCUAGAACUAUGCCCAGAAAUGGUCUAAUGAGUCCAUUAGCAAUAGAGCUAAGCCCAGAAAUGGUCUAAUGAGUAUAUUAGCUCAGGAAUCAAGCCUAGAAAAGGUAUAACAAGUCCACUAGUUUUGAUCCAAUUGCCCUCUGAAAAACGCCUAAUUUGUUCUAUCACUUACAAUCCUGCCCAAAAGGGGGUACUACUUAUGAAUUACUUCUGAAGUCCAGCACACCUGGGACCAGGUGCCCAAAGUACAUCUAGUCUCAGCCCGGGUGCUAAAACUCAGACUGCAUGGUCCCAGAACUUCAUAGACCACUUAAAGAUGGCAGAAGAUUCUCAUGGUCAUCAUGAUCCCAUCAGCUUUGGCAUUGACCAGAUUCUGAACAGCCCAGAGCAGGCUAGUGGUUACCUAGCUCUCAGGACUAACCAGGAGGAUUACCAUGGAACCAGUAAUGUCUACACAGAAGGCACCAUCUACACUUCCACCAGCACCUCGUACCUGACCAUGAGAAUGGGAUUGGAUCCUAGUCCGGUCGGGGUCAUCAGGGUGCCAGCUCACCGUCCCCUCCACCACACUGAUUCACAAGGGACCCUCAGCCACCCUCUGCCUGGUCUCACCUUUCCUUGGAUGGAGAAUCCAAAGAAGCUUGGGAAGGACAGGGUGACAGCUAUGUUGACCCCAUUUUCUGCCACCCGUCGGAUCGGGCACCCGUAUCAGAAUCGGACCCCACCAAAGAGGAAGAAGCCAAGGACAUCAUUCAGCCGCUUGCAGAUCUGUGAGCUGGAAAAGAGAUUCCAUCGGCAGAAAUAUCUGGCGUCUGCAGAGCGAGCGUCACUUGCCAAGACUCUACGUAUGAGCGACUCACAGGUCAAGACCUGGUUUCAGAACCGCAGGACCAAAUGGAGACGGCAGACGGCAGAGGAGCGGGAAGCUGAGCGCCAGCAGACCAGCCGAAUGAUGCUACAGCUCCAACAAGAAGCCUACCAAAAGACCCUUUCACAAAGUCUGCCAAGAGAUCCAUUGUGUGCUCACAACUCCUCCCUCUGCGCCCUACAGAAUCUUCAGCCAUGGGCUGAACAGAACCCCAGUGUAUGAUGGAUAAUUUCAUUGACCUUUGAGAGAUCCAGCAAGGGUCCUGCACUCAUUUGUCUUAUGGGGCCCAGUAUGUGACAGCAAUGCAUAGACGGUGCAAGCUAGGGGACCUUCAGGAGUCUUGCCAAGGAGACACUUUGAGAACUCUGUGGACCCCUUGUGGGCUUGAUAGCAGUUUUGAAGCCCUCCAUCGCUGUUGGACUGAAUAUAACAAGGAGCACCCUAUAUAGCUUGGUGCCACUGACCCCAUGGAGAGGACAUAGAUUGU